AGGAUGCUGGGAUUGCAGUUCAGAGACGUAUAUAUACCCAGCAUAGCGGCCAGCUCAGAUCACAACGCUCGGCCAGUGAGCGUUGAUAAAGGGGAGAAACGGGCUUGUCCACCAUGCAGGGAAAAUUUCUCGCCGUCGUCUUCGGCGUCCUGUGCUCUGCCUUUGCAGCCAGAGCUGCUGCAUUUCUGCAGGGAUCAGGGCUCGGUAGUUUCGGGUUAGGUGGAGGCUACGGUGGCCUGGGAGGCUAUGGUGGCCUGGGAGGUUACGGUGGCCUGGGAGGCUACGGUGCACUGGGAGGUUACGGUGCACUGGGAGGUUACGGCGGCCUUGGAGGCUACGGUGGUCUCGGAGGCUACAGCGGUCUCGGAGGCUACAGUGGUCUAGGAGGCUUGUAUUCACUUGGAGGUCUCUCGGGUCUCGGCGGUGUCUCGGGACUGGGAGGCCUUUCUGGUCUAGGAGGUCUUUCGGGUCUUUACGGAGGAGGCUAUCAGGGUCUCUCUGGACUCUAUGGAAGCUCCCUUGGUUUGACGGGCCUUAGCGGAGGCGUCCGAAGACUUGGGGGCCUGUACGGCCUUGGCGGUUACAGUGGCUUGGGAGGACUUUCCAGCUGGAAUGUUGGGUACCCAGGAUCACAGUGGGGUCUUCGUAGCCUAGGUCUAUCAGGCUCGCUCGGGGGAUAUCCUGGUCUUGGUGGACUGUCAGGAUUGUACGGUGGUUACUCACGUCUCGGAGGCCUUUCUGGACUGACUGGAGGCUACUCCGGACUGCUCAAUGGCGGUUACUUGGGUGGCUCCACGGGGCUUCUCGGGUUCUCUAGCCCAUCUGUAUACUCAUAUGGUAGCUCACUGGGCUCCUUAGGCUACCCUGGUUCCUUGGGAGGUCUUUCGGGAGGAAUUAGAGGGCUACGAGUGGUAGGUAGCUAUCCUGGAGUGUCUGGAAGCUACGGGAACUCUCUCGGUUUGUCAGGCCUCUACGGAGGUUACUCAGGCCUUGGAGGUUUGUCCGGAAUCUUGGGAGGUUACUCUGGCUUGACAGGUCUCUCGACUUCCUAUGGUGGAUAUCCAGGAGUCUUGGGUGGACUUGGUGGUCUCGGAGGAUCGGCAGGACUCUACGGUCGAGGAUUCGGACUCUCUGGUUCGCUCAUGGGUUAUCCUAGCCUUAGUGGACUGUCAGGAUUGUACGGCGGUUACUCACGUCUCGGAGGCCUUUCUGGACUGACUGGACGCUACUCCGGACUGCUCAAUGGCGGUUACUUGGGUGGCUCCACGGGCCUUCUCGGGUUCUCUAGCCCAUCUGUAUACUCAUAUGGUAGCUCACUCGGCUCCUUAGGCUACCCAGGUUCCUUGGGAGGUCUAUCCGGAGGACUUAGAGGGCUACGAGUUGUCGGUAGCUAUCCUGGAGUGUCUGGAAGCUACGGGAACUCUCUCGGUCUGUCAGGCCUCUCCGGAGGUUACUCAGGUCUUGGAGGUGUGUCCGGCCUCUUGGGAGGCUACUCUGGCUUGACAGGCCUCUCGACUUCCUAUGGUGGAUACCCAGGAGUUCUGGGUGGACUCUAUGGCCGUUAUCCCGGAUACUCUAGUUUACUAGGAAGCUCCUCCGGCCUGACGGGUCUCUCGGGCCUAUCAGGGCUUCUUGGAGGAUACUCUGGCUACUCCGGCCUUUCCGGCCUUUCCGGUCUUUCCGGCAUGUUCGGAGGCUACCCGCGCUCCUUCGGCCUCUCUGGGCUAUAUGGUAGCGGGCUUGGUAGCUCAUUUGGAUAUGGUUCGCUUGGAGGUCUUGGAUCUUACGGCAGCUCCUUUGGAUACCCUGGCUUGUCUGCUCUCCCCGUCUCUUCUGGAGCCGGCUCGAUGGGGGUCCAGAGCAUAGUGGCUUAAGAAGCUACGCAUUUGCAAGAUAGGUUCUUCCGACCACCUCCUCACAUUCAAACUCAAGAAUUCCCUACAAAACUAAACAAGGCCUUCGGAAGUGUACCGACGCCUGGGAAACCGUAACAAGGCAUCAACGCCUGCUAAGAUCCAAAAUAAACUGUUUGUGAUGAGAA